CGGCUUUGCUCAGUUCAAUAUAAUACGGAGUUUUUAAGUUAAUGUGAAUCUAGUAAACAUAUGGACUCGAUCAUGUUAUCAUACACAAAAUUAUUCGGAUUUUUUUUAAUAUUUUUUCACUAUAGUACAGUGAAAGGGAUAACUAAAUUUUAUUCUGUUGGUGGAUUCUUUAAUAUAAUAAAAACAAAUGAAUUUAAAGUAUAUAAAGAAACUGAUAAACUUAUUUGUGGAAGUUUGAUAUGUAUUGAUGAUGCAGUCAAUUGUGAAAUUACUAAAUAUGAUUUAAUAAUAAAUGAGAAGUGCAUUAAUCGUAAUUUAAAGAUAAUAGAUCAGAAAUCAUAUAAAAGUAAUAUAAAUGAAAGUGAUGUUGAAAUAUAUUUUGGUCCUGCAUAUAAAGCUCAAGUAGAAAACGCCGUAUCCCAAAUUUUAAUUGAACGUACACACAAUUUUAAUGAUUUUAAUAGUACAAGCCAUAAAAAUGUUGCACCUAAUAAAAAAGUGAUUUCAUAUUUUUUAAUAUUAAUUGCAUUUUUGGUAGCAGUUUUAUAAUCGAUACAACACAAUCUUGUAGUUUAAAUGAUGAGACUGGGCUUUAUAAUGGA